GGGGCGGCCCCGCUCCCCGUGAAGAGGCGGCGCGGCAGGGGCAGCGGCCGCCGCCAUGCAGCCGUUGCACCGGGCCCCGGCGUUGCUGCUGCUUCUUCUGGCCUCCGGGACCUUGUGCCUCUGCCUUGCCUCUUCGGAGGAGCCAACUGCCGAUGGCCUCACGUCCACUUCCCUGCUGGAGUUUGCCAUGAUGUCCCACCUGGAGGCCAUGAAUUCCCAUGAGCAAACCAGCCCAGAGGCUGCGGAGCCUGAUCUUGCCCCUGGCUCUCUGCAUGCUGCCCCGGGAUCAGGCUUUGCCAGUGAGGAGAAUGAGGAGUCCAAGAUCUUACAGCCCCCACAGUACUUCUGGGAAGAUGGAGGAGAGCUCAAUGACUCCAGCCUGGACUUGGGACCGGCAACAGAUUACAGCUUUCCAGCUGCAUCUCAGAAGGCCCUGCUGAAAGGGAAUGGGACACAGGUGAAAGACAACUGGGAAACAGCCACUGUCCAGCCACCGGCAGAAUUUGUUGACCCUGACUUGCAUACGCCUUUCUCCAGCACAUUGGAGGAAGAGGAGGGGCUGCUCCCUAUAGACCACUCAAGAGGAGGAAUGGAAAGCCUACAGACCUUGGGGCCAGAGGUUACAUCUUCUGAACCAGUGAGCCAAGAGGACUCCUUCUCUCUUCUGUUUUCCACAGUUUCUGCCAGGCCAGGUGUUGUGACUGAGGCAGCCACAGGAGGGCAAGAAGAAGAUUCUGUUCCUCCAGGUUUAGACCUCGGGAGUAGCAUGGGACCAGGUCUUCUGCCUGUGUCCUCUAUUUUUUCUACUACUACGGCUGUGAGGUCUCCCAGUAUUUCAGAAGAGCCCUUUGAGGUGACAGCUGAGGACACGUGGGCUGUUGAGGGAGCAGAUUCGGAGCUAACUGUGGCUACCACAAGAGCAGAGCUUUCAGAGACCACAGUGGAGACUGGUGGGGAAGAGCAUUCAGCCAGAGAGGAGUUCUUGGAGACCACAGUGGGGUGGGAGAUGCUGGAGCCCACAGUGCUAAGUGAAAUGGAGCAGACUGUGGAAAUGCCUGUGGGGACACCCUCUCCUGGAGGUAGCUCCCCAGGUAUCCAGACUCUUUCUGGCAGUGAGCAGCACCCCACUUCUUCUACAUCUCAGUGGGACAGGUUUGAUGAGCCUGCGAUGGAUCCCAUUUGGAAUGACACCGAGUCAGCCACUGAGACUGUGUCAGCAGAGAGAAGCUUGUCACCACAGGCUGGGGAUGCCCACUUGGCCAUGCUGCCAACGGAGAUGCCCUGGGACUCAGCACAGGUGAUCUGCAAAGACUGGAGCAACCUUGCAGGGAAAAACUACAUCAUCUUGAAUAUGUCGGAUAACAUUGACUGUGAGGAGUUUCGGCUGGAGAGGGGUCCCCAGCUGUUGGCACUGGUGGAGGAUGCCUUCUCUAGGCAGGCGGAUGGACUGCAGGACCGCUGGCUGAUCUCUCUGAGCAAACCCAAUGAGAACGACAAGCACUUGCUAAUGACACUGGCAGGGGAACAGGGCGUCAUCCCUACAAAAGAUGUUCUCAUGGCACUGGGGGAUGUUAAGAGGAGCUUAGCCGAGAUUGGCAUCCAGAACUACUCAACCACGACAAGCUGCCAGUCGCAUCCCAACCAGACGCGUAGUGAUUAUGGGAAGCUCUUUGUGGUACUGGUGAUCAUCGGCUCCAUCUGUGCCAUCAUCAUUGUAUUGGGGCUCAUAUACAACUGCUGGCAGAGACGCCUGCCCAAGAUGAAGAACAUGUCACACGGCGAGGAGCUGCGCUUUGUUGAGAAUGGCUGCCAUGACAACCCUACCUUGGAUGUGGCCAGCGACAGCCAGUCAGAAAUGCAGGAGAAGAAGCCAAGUGUGAACGGUGGAAACACCAUCAACGGCCCCGACAGCUGGGAUGUCCUGAUCAAUAAGCAGGCGAGCGAGGAUGUGGAUGUGUUUGAGGAAGACACGCAUCUUUAGAAAAAGAAGGGAGGGAACUACCCCCUUAAAUGCACUUGUCUCUCUCCUGUCCUGACUGAUGGACCACAGGAUCAGGUGGCUUCUCAGGAACUUCUUAAAGGCUUGGGAAAGGUCAAGUCUUUGGGCAAGUUUUCCCAAUAGAAGUCCUGAGCCUGCAUCUGAAGCUUGGAGCCAGGAGGAUCACUGAACAGAGGGAAGUGGGAGGGGUGGGUGUGUAGGUCUCUGUGUGUGUAUUCCUAUCAGUAGCACCAAUGCUUUCAUCACCUGUAAAUGCACUUACUGUAGCUCUCUGGUAGUGGCUGAGAGUGGCUGGGCUUGAGAAGCAAGGCUACCUGCCACCACGAGUCCAGCUUUGGGGAGUGAAUUCACUUUGGGAGUCCAGCUGGAGCUACGGCAGCCGGGUCCUGACCUUGAGAUCAUGUUCAGUCCCUGUAGGUGCAGGAAAACCUGUGCAUUCUGGAUGGAGGGGAGCCAAGACUCAGUUGAUGUUCUGGGCAGAGUUUGCAUUCCACAUGUGAAAAGAGGUUUUCUAGUGCUCUAGCUAUUCAGCUGCUAGUUAGAUGAGCUGAUGUUUACAGCUGGGGAAGACAUCACGCUGUGAUCUUAUUUUCUUCCUUGAACCACAAACUUCUUCAGCCCCACUCCCUUUUUCAGCUCCACAGCUCCAAGCUGAGUUCGCAAAGUUUGAGCACUUUACCCUUGCUUGACUGGUUGCAGAGAAUUCGGUGCCAUGGUGCAGCAUCGUAGCUGGAAAUUUGCUUUAGUUGGAGAGUUGCUCAAAAAGGACAUUUACCUGUCUCUUUCGCGUAACAGCCUGUGAAAUCAGCAGCAAAGUAUCCCUUGUUUAAGUCUCAGUUUUAGACUGGUAGGCCUUCUCCGCUCCUGUUCUAUUUUCCCAGGGUAGUUUGGUUUCAGUUGGUCUUUUUGAAGUAAAUAUAAAGACUAUGUGAGCCUUUUUAAACAGGGAGAAAAGUAAAAACUUGGAAACAGAUAAUUUCCUGGUCCUUUUGUUUCCUUUUCAGGAUCCUGCCCUGAGGGGGGGAAUUGUUUAAUGUCCCAUAGGUAUAAAUUGGGGUAACAUCUUUAAAGUCACUGCAUUUAAGCAAGUGUAAGAGCCCGUUCAGAUGAGAUGAGAAUCAGAUCUAAGAGCUCCCCGAAGAACAUUUCUCAGGCAUGCCUCAGGCAACUUCGAGGCUUCAGCUCCCUGAAGAGGUGUGAUAAAAGGCACUGGAAUAUUCAUAAUUGUUCUCUGAGCCCUGCCUAAACCCAGACUCAGAACUACUGUCAAGCCUGAAAUCCCAGAAUGUUUGUUUCUUCUGUCAUGGAGGGAUUGAGGGACUUGCUUUGGUCAGAGGCAACAGUGUUCUCUCUGUUACCAUGAUCUGCAUGCUUGCUUACUGCGAGAUGCAGCUUCGUAUUUGGUCUUUAAGGGAACCUUUGUACAGAAAAAUCCCCAGAUAAGCAGCCUGAUGCUGAGCUUGUAAAUCUAUCCCUGUAUGUAUAGAUACUUUUAGCAUGUUCACCCCUGAUGCGAGUGCCUAAAGUCGAGGUACAAGAGUCUGUUGUUUCAUUUUGCAUAGCGCUUUGCAUACAACCUGAAUCACAGAUCACCUCGAUGCAGGACCACGUCGAUAUCAGUCUGUUAGGGAUUCAAGAAAGCUGAUAGCCUUUGGUUUCCUAUCCAGAUUCCAAUUUUCAGUGUUUUUAUUCUGCCUCCAGGCCUUUCCCCGUGUUGUGUAGGGGAUGGUGACCAUCAGCUCCUUUUGUAUCUCGUUGGUAGGGCUGCAGAGAUGCUCAGAGGAGUUCCUUCUCCUGGCCCAGCAGUUGAUAAUGGUGGCCCUUCUCUGACCACCCCUCUCUGAUGGCUCCUGCCGAGUUUGAUGGGUCUGUGCAGUGAAACUGCACAAGUUCAGUGGCUGUGCUGAUGGCACUUUGGGGCUCACAGGAUUAAAUGCAAGUUGUUACGGCAAGUAAAUUUAAAGCAUGGAGUUAAAAUUUGAGUUUGUAUAGCACUUAGCGUAAUGGGGCCUGGCCUGGCUGUGGCCUUUAGGCAGUUUCACCAUGUAAAUGUUUCUAAAUCCACUAAUCCUCAUUAAAUACAUUUUUCAUGCCCAGUGGCUAUUAAAAAGAUAAUGCCACCAAUCAGAUGUGAAUCGGUUCACCCACAAAACGCUCCCUUACUGCACUUCAUUGCCAGGAGCUGCUUUGCUGCCCUGUGUUCUCUCCACUUUACUAAUUCAGAGAAACAACAAAGUGCUGAUAAAGCACUGCUUCUGGCUGGGCUUAGCACCUCCCGAUCUAGUGUGAAGUCUUCAAACUUUAAAGAAACCAAGGGGGCUAUGCAGGUUUAUUAAUAAGCUAGCAAGUUAUCCUUAUUUGGUCUUCUGGCUUCUUAUGGCCUGAAGGUUUUUCCAGAGACUCUCUUCUGCGUCUGGAGCAUCCAGGCAAUCUUCAGAGUCUCUAAGGGUGGCUGUCAUGAGGCUGAGAACAAUUUUCUGCUGUCUCUGACAGGGUGCACCUGGAUGUAUGAUCUCAGUUUAGCUCCAGAAACCUACUGGUUGAUAGCAUUUCACUUUAGUCUGGUGAUACUUUUUAUACCUUUACCAUUUGUUUUUUCUCUGUAUAAUUUUUUUGCACUAGGCUGAUCUUGUUAAGUCGAUUGCACUGUUGUCCCUCUCCCACCAGCCUUGCAGAGACAGCUCAUCUUGGGGGACCUGCGGGCUGGGGAGCGCUGUAGAGAGGCUGUUGAUAGCCCACUUACCCUGUUGGGUUUCCAGCUCUGCACAGGGAGGAUUUAAAGAGGAAGAGAAACUUUGUCUUAGCAUUUGUAACAGGAAGCUUUUCUAUCACCUUAAUGUAGUUAAACUUCUUUUUAACAAAAACUGUCAAAGCUGGACUUCUCAGAGCGGUGUGCCAGGCGACAAAGCAGGUACAGGAGACAAAGCAAUUCCUAGAAAAACUGUUCUCCACCUACUCGGAGUUCACUCUAAUCCCAUCUGCCAAACGUUUGAUCGCACUGACACCUGGUGGCUGCUGGGAGUUGGAGACAAAAACUUUAAAAAAAGGACUUUUUCCCCCCCUGUGAGCUCUGGGUAUCUGUUUGCUGUGACUUGCCGAGGACAGUCACCUGCUUUAGUCAUGGGGGACUGCGGGACUCGCCUGUGAGCAGAGGGGCUCACACCGGGCACAUAAUGGUUGGUUUGUGUGAGGACAUCCCUGUCUGCAAAGCAAUGAGACGGGACGUUCCCUGGAGUCAUUGGUCUGGAGGUCCUGGGUAGCAAUACAGGUCUCAGCCCCAUCUUCCCCUUUUCUCCUCUCCUUGCCCCCUCUCCUCCCAGGGAGCACAGCCAGAAAGCAGAGGUUCUUGAAACGGAGGUGGUUCUUCAGAGAGAGCAUCAAGUGCUGGUGUGAGAAGCUCUGCAACCCUGGGAGUACCGGCGAUGGCAUUGGCUGGAUGCACGGCCGAGAUCAGAGUGGCUCUCCAUCUCUGUGGGACGGUGGCCAAGCUGCAGAUUACUCUCAGGUGUUGCCCAGAUGUCUAGCACAGCACCUAGAAUGUGGAGUCCAACAUGUGCUAGGGCUUUGCAUCCUGCAGACCACCUCGUGGUGUGUAGGGUGUAAAGACACAAUGGCCCAGUAACUGUGCUGUGGAGUAUGUAAUGCGGGUUGAGAAUACAGUUUGAGAUACCACCUUAAGGAUCCCUCUGGGGAAAGGAUGCGGUGUGAAAUGGAGGUACAUCAUCCUAUGGAUUAUUGCAGUAUGACCUUGGAGCAUCGCAGCGGGAUCCCACUGCAGGCACUGCCCUCAGCAGCUCGUCUGUUCCCGUCCACCUUGGCAGCCACGCAGGAGGACCUCCCUCCUUCACAGAGGGUUUGGGGCAGCUCGAACAGUCAGAGACAACAAGCACCUUCAUCCGUGCUGGCUCACAAGAGCCUCAUGGGCUCAUCUCAGCUGACAGCCGCGCUCCCAGCCCUUCUUCUCAAUGCCCUCGUUCCUGCUGGACCUGUGCUGUCUGCGAGCCCUGGCCCCUGCUGGGGACUGCUGCCGGAGAACGCUUAGAAACGCUCACGUCUGGCCCUGGAAGUGACAGGGUUGUGGUUUUGUUUUCUUUGCAAUAAAACGCACCUCCUGGGUGUCUGAACACUGA